CGUACGCGUGUUCGUAGAUGAGCACCACGGGAGGCGGCGGCAGCGGGAAAGGGAAAAAAAAGCAACCCGGUCCGGACGGGGAGGGCGACGGGCUUCGACUUCGGAUGCUUAGUCACGUUUUCGCCGUGACCGGAGAGGCGAAGGAUGGCGCGUGCGGAGGAGCAACACUGAGCGGGUCGGCGGGAGGAGAUCGGGGACAGGAGGAGCUGAGGGGAGGCGGGGGAGGAGGAGGAGGAGGGGGGUAACGUUAAAUCUGGAUUAGACGAUGCUCCUUUGCUGCAGGCCCCGCCAUCGUGAAACUGGAUCCCGGAUUGCGGCGGAUGGGGUGACGGAGCUCGCUGCUCCGCCGCGGAGGUCCCUGCCUUCGGACGCCACCGGGGCGGGAGCCGCCUGCGCCCGCUUCUGAGGAAGGGAAGGAGCGCCAAGAGGGGGAGAAAAUGCAGACGGAGGAGGAGACGGCCACCGCACAAGAGCCCAUUUUGGAGGAAGGGUCAGGACGAGAGCAGCAACGGCCGGUCCAGCAGUCUCUGGCCUCCUCCCUGUGUCGGGAGUCCCAUUGGAAGUGCCUCCUCCUGACCCUCCUCAUGUACGGCUGCUUCGCCACGCUCGCCUGGUGCGCUCUCUGUCGCGUACCCGUCCUCGGCUCCUCCUCCUCCUCCUCCGUGCCUCUCGGCGCCGCCGCCGACGCCACCUCAGCGGCCUACUACAACGACAUCCUCCACCUGGAGAGCCCGUGCUCCAGCGGCUACGUCUACAUCCCCCUGGCCUUCCUGGCGAUGCUGUACGUGGUGUACCUGGUGGAGUGCUGGCACUGCUUCUCCAAGACGGCAAUGUUGGCACAUGCUGAAUUCCAGGAAGUGUACGAGCGUGUGCAGAGGCUUCAGCAGGCCACGCCCUGCAUUUGGUGGAAGGCCAUCAGCUAUCACUACGUGAGGAGGACCAGACAAGUGACGAGAUACCGCAACGGAGACGCAUACACCACCACACAGGUCUACCACGAGCGGGUGAACACCCACGCCUCCAGUUCGGAGUUUGACUACGGUCGCUACGGCGUCAAAGACGUGUCGAAGGAGCUGCUGGACCUGAAACGGCACCCUGCCGUUCGCCUCCGUUUCACCAAGUGUUUCAGCUUCUCAAGUGCACGCGCGGAAGCUGCUUACCUCACCCAGCGAGCGCGCUUCUUCGGGGAGAACGAGGGACUCGACGACUACAUGGAGGCCAGGGAGGGGAUGCACCUGAAGAACGUGGACUUCCGUGAACACAUCCUGGCGUUCCCGGACCCCGCUCACCAGCCCUGGUUCUCCCGCCACAGGGUGUUCUGGCUGGCUUCUGCCUUCCUCCUGUCGUGGCCGCUGCGGGUGGUCUCGGAACACCGCACGGCGUACGUACACUACCACGUGGAGAAGCUGUUCGGGGAGGACGAGGACGGCGGCGGCGGCGGAGGAGGAGGAGGAGGAGGGGGAGGAGGAGGGCCAGGUGGCGGGGUCAGGGGGGAAGGCGUUGAGCGAGGGACUGAGAAUGGAACCCACCCAGGACUGGGCCUGAGCGGGACCAGUUACAGGGCCAUCUCCCGGGUCAACACGGUGGACAUGACCGAGCUGGAGUGGCACAUUCGCUGCAACCAGCAGAUGGUCCCGAGCUACUCCGAGGCCCUCCUCAUGGACCUGGACGUGAGUGGGGGCACGAACCCCACCGCCUCCACGCCCAUCUCCGGGCCGAUAAGCUCCACCCCCAGCCAGGGGAACAACCCGCCCCCUCUCGCCCUGCCCGUUGUGUUCAACUCGGCGUACCUCCUCCAGAGCUGCCCCCGAUGCCGGAGGACCACGUCGAGCUCCAGUCUUCCCUCCAGGCUACGGGCCCCCAUGGGAACCACGGCCCUCCUGAACGCUACCGUGGCAGGAAUCAGGGCAGCGGGACAAGGAGGGGGGGCCAUCGGGGGAAGGCUGGUGCUCAGUCGCAGUGGCUUCUCUCUCGGUAGACUUGGAGGAGGGCGCCAGAACAGCCUGUUUCAUUCAAGAAGCAUGGCAGGGGGGCUGGGAGGGAGUAGGGAAGAUGGAGGUGCCGGGGGAGGAGGAGGGGGCGGUGGCGGAGGAGGAUUUCUCGGUUUGGGCUCGAGACAGGACAACGAGGAGACAAGGGGAGUGCUCGAGGGAGAAGGCGAUGAUGAUGAAGAAGAGGAGGAGCAGCAGCAGCAGCAGCAGCAGCAGGAGGAGGAGGAGGUAAGGAGACGGGAACAGGGAAGAGGAGGCCGAGAGAGGGAUGAAGAAGCAGAGCAAGGCGGCGGAGGGGGCGGCGAGGUGAGGGAGGCCGACGGCGCAGGGAGGGAGCGUCCGCCGUCUUACCAAGACGCGUUCUUCUUCCCCGUCCUCAUCAUACACGGAGAGGAGAGCUGCCACGCCGGAGACGACAUGUGACGAGAUCAGCGGCGCCGGGAUGAAACGGGAGAGCGAAUGAGAUGAGAGGAGAUUCAGGUUGAAAGGGAAGCAGUUGCUCGACGGCCCAACCAGCCGCGGGAAGAAGAAAAGGGAGUCAGUCAGGGCAAAAGGCACAAAAAGAGCUCUGAGGACGGGAGUGAAUACUGUCAAAAAGCCCCAACGAACAGAUCCGAGUCCAUAAAAAUCCUCAAAACUAGACGUCGGUACACAGAGACAGUGAGAAAGACAAAGGGGACCGAUCGGAUGCUGAGGAGGAACGGAGAUGGAGACACCGGGAAUGUCUAUUUCCAGAUUUAUCUAUGCAAGAGCAGGAGCGAGCGAGCGAGCAGUAACAAGUCUAAAGAUAGCAGACUGGGGAGCAGUGGAGAGUCCAAACAAGCGGAGUGGUAGUGUUUUGGGGGUUUUUUAUAGAAAGAAACCGAGUUGGAAGCAGAGGAUGCUGGUUUUUCAGCUCUGGUUUUGACAAAAAUCUAAAUUGAGGACAAAAAAUAUGACACGUUAAAAAGACGAAGGGAGAGUUUCCCGAUUUUACAGAUCGGAUCACAAAGGGUUCCAAAAGGCAAUGUAGGGAAGUAGAGCAAUGCACACAAAGACGUGCUUUUGGCAAGGUGAAUGUCAAACACAGACAAAGUCCAAGAAUAUCGGAGCACAGCACAGAAACACAAAACAGACCAUGACGCACCGGAAUAAACUCCAUUCGACCGAUAAUUUAUGUAGAAAACAAAACAGUUGAUAAAAUGAUGAACUCAAGAGGAGGAGACGACGACCAUAAGACUGUGAGCAGUAACCCUGACCCUGAAUCUAAUCAGGCAAGAAACAUUUCAGAUAGUUCCCCACAGGUCCCAGUGACGCGUGUUGUCUCACGGCGUCAAAGAGCCACCUUCCCGGCGUUUAACCAGCAACCGCGACGGUGGAACCAAAAAGGGUAUCCAUUGAUUUCCUUCCUUCCCCUCCAUUCCCACCAUUAGCUUCCACACCACUCUCUUCAUCCGUUACUGGUACGGGGUUGAUAGAAAAAAAGGCUCAGAUGAAGGCUUCCUCUUCCUCUCUGCUCCCGCCCCCCCCCUCCUCCAUUUGCUCACCUCUUCUGUUCUUCUCCCCCCUCUCUCACGUCCCUCUACCCGGAGCACAGGUGUAAUUCUGAGCGGCACCUCGUUUUAUUAUUUUCAAAGCGCUACUCGUUGGACUCAACAUCUUUGCAACGUGCACUUUGUGUGUUUAGAAGUGGGAGGGGGGUGGAACAGAAAUAGAUUGUCGGCAUCCCUCGUUAACUUCUCCCUCUUUUCUCCCACUCCUCCCCUUUUCCUUUCAUAUGUAUUUUUUUUAAGUGGCGGUUAUGCGAUACGCCUCUCUCUGCUACUCGGAUCCGAUUUCACCUCCGCUCAUUCCCCGAAGCGCAUCUCCUCUGGCCGGAGGUUUCUCCUCCAGGGCCACGUUGUGUUAAUCCCAUAUAAAGUGUGUUUUAUGACCACCUCGCUAUGCCGAAUGUUGUCAGAGACACCGAGUGAAAGAGACCGUGAAUCCGAUUAGACGCGUAGACGUGACAUGCCUUAUUUAAAGAUUGCGAUUUUCACACAAAGUAGUCAUGAGUUGAGCUAAUUUCCUCCAGUUAUGCCCGUGUAGUCCGUGUGCUCUAGUUGUAAACGUUUGUACCCAAAGAUAGGCUUGCACAAUGCAAAGAAAAAAAAGUAUCAAUAAACUAUAUAUAUCACAAUACUGGAUGUGUUUAGGCAUGAAAUAAAACCACCUCUAUCUCAUUUACGUCCAUAAUGUGGGACUGCAUGGGAAGUUGAGCUACCCUCCUAAUGGAAAAAAGCAAAACCACACACACACGCACACGCAAGAUAAAUCAGUGUCCGUGUGGCAAAAAUGAUCAGACAGCCUAAAUGUAGAUUUAAACACAUGUAGAGGCCAGAGUCCUCGGGGGAUGUUUUUGGUGGAGGGUGAGACAUCGACGACUCAAGCGUCAGUGCGUAUUUAUAUUUCACGAAGCACAGUUAACAGCAGGCGGCCGUCUACUCCGGGCCUCCUCCCUCCUCCUCCAUCUCCAUCCGCUCCGCCCCGGACACCACACCGGGGGGAAAAAAGCACACUCACCGAAUGUGGUCGGAGGGAAAUGUCUCUCCCGCGAAGAGCAUCCUUAAAAGCAAAGGACGGAGAGGAGAUCCACAUGUUGACGAAGGAACACACAGAUGUGGAUAAUGGAACGACGUCAUCCAGCCCGGAUUCAGCCAGGGGGGGCGGCGGGGGGGUUUGGUGCACGGGACACACGUGCACACACACGCACAGACUCAUGGAUCGUGACUAUCUUUGGGCGACCAGCUUAAGGAAGUGUUUAAUAGAAGGAAGCUGACGGAGGAGAUAAAAGCAACAAGGACAAGUGUUUCUAUGCGACGGGGGAACUGGAUCCGGCAAAGAAAAGGGAAGAAAAUGUGACAUUGAAAAGACAAUUAUUUUUUACAGCUAUUUGUCAUUAUCUCAGACUCGUGGAUAAAGUUGUCUCCGUUGACGUCUCCUUCACAAAACGAAGCACCGGCCACAGUUCAUUCGGUCGUGCCGCUUUCACACAUUUUUAAUCGCUGUUUGUUUGUAUUGUAUCUUCUUUUGUAUGUUCUUUCUUUGCUCUUAUCGCCAGUCUGCAGCUCGGAUUUGAACUCACGUGUAGUGAGCUCCAAUUUGAAAUGUGAUUGCUUUUACAUGUCUGAACUUCAAUUUGUUAUUUGCUACUUUUACAUCAUCUGCAUACUUGAGUAAACACUAUUUCAGUUUGUUUAAGUAACGUCUAAAAUUCAAAUGGUUUUGUAAGCUUGAAAAAUGUGAUGAACCCAGUUUGACUUAUUAGUUUAUUAUUAUUAUUUAUUUAUUUCAAGCAGAGGCUAAUCUUGCUCAUAUGUGACGUCAAUAGAUAUUUAACACUGUGUUUUAUUAUCUCGGAGUGUGUCAAAGGUGUGUCCUCAGCCGCCAAGGGAACUUUGUGCUCAUGAUGUCUUACACAAACACUCAUGCGCGCUUGCAUGCUCAGCCAUUAUAACAGUUUAUAUUAGACUAGACAUUAAUCCAAUGCCCAUAGUAGCCCCUAGCAUACAGUCUUAACACACGCACACGCACACACACACACACUGAAAGCAUGGAGCAUUCCUGUUACGUUGCCUUUGUGUCCGACAUUGCCAACUUUUCUGCUCAGGAUUUCAGUUUUGCGCUGCAUUCCUGUCAACACAAGCUGUCUUUCACACAUAACGUCAAUCAUGCCAAAGCUAUAAAAAAAAAAAAAAAAUGCCUGAGCUUACACACAUGCACAUAGACGACGGCAGCUGGGACAAGUGGUCCGUACUACGAUCAUGUGAUCUGUGUGCUGGAGGAGGAGGGGGAUUAAAACAGUGCAGCAAAAGCAGUGCUAAACAGUGCUGCUAAACAGUGAAGGAAACCGGCCCGUUCCACAUCUGCACACAGCCGGUCGGCGAUGACAUCACCGACGGAGGCCUGGGCCGAGGUGCUGCAGACCCCCCAGCGAGCCGUGCGGUUCUAUGUGAUUGUGCAUCUGUCGUCACUGAUCAAGAUGAUUUCCCUUUGACUGUGACUGAAUGUCUUUGCAAAGCAAUAUUCGCCCUUUACUCCUGCUUGGUGGCCGCACUUGUAGAUGUUGCUGAGCAGCUUUCCGAUCUUAUAACCAGGAGCAACGGGAGCUUCUGACGUUAAAAUGGCAGCACUGUUUGAUAGAGACUCAUUAUCCGGCUGUGUGACCCGAACCGCAAAUUGAUAAAGAAAACGGCGUUUGGUUUGUGAUCAACAUUUGCUAUUUUGAGAGAGAAAAAAAGGCCACUCUAAAAUACCCAUCUGUCCUAUUGUGCCCGCAGGCAGCUUCUAUGUCUUUAUUGAACACGUAGCUCUGCUCUCGUUUCCCACAUUUGUAUCGACAUCAUCACCUGACUAUCUUAUAAAAUGCUUAUAGCAAUUACGACCGAUGUAUUGUUGUCAAUACUGUUACUGUUUUCAUACCGAGUUUGUCAACACUGUAAAAAAAAAAAACGUGGUUUAGUGUCUGUUUGACGUGAAAUCACGUGGUUUUCCUGCCGUGUUUUUCCAGUUUGGGAUGCUCAGAUAAGAUCCGAUAUCAGGUAGCAAAGGCUGAGAAUUGCAUCUUCCUAUACGGCGUCAGUAGGAGCUCUUCUGAGUCGAAGCCAAUCCAUUCGUGUCGGUAUGAUUUGCCCUUUCCGAUGUUCACUGUCUGGGUCAGGACUGAUUGGAUGAUUGAGCGUCACAUUAGUGGUUAGUGUUCGGGAUGCAACCAAUCAAUUAACACCUUAAAUACGUGCCGUGUCACCUCCAUUGUUGAGGAUCUCCAUUAGACAAAUAAUAUAUAUUUUUUCAAAACCUACAGUCAUGGUCAAACCCCUCCAGUGAUUAAUCACCUCACGCGGCGCUUCCGGAAGCUCCCCCCCCCCCCCUGCUAAAUAUUGAAUGCCGCUGGAUCACGUGUGAGCUGUUACCACGGUGUAGUUGUAAUGUACAUGCAGCCUCUAUGGAGUUCAAACAAUAAUGUGCACACGCAACGCGGCGUUGUCUUACACUCGGAAGCGGGGCCUUCCGUUCCAGCAAAAUGUCUGAGCUAAUUCAUGUGUAACUGGAAAACGACACUGUCAAUAUCACACCAGAUUAUAGCUGUUGUCGCUGGGCUAUUUAAGACAGUGUAAUUUAUUUCAUUUGACGCUGAAGCUAAUGGAGCUGGUGGCAAUAACGCUGUCCACUGGAUGCGGUCAGGUGAUUUUGGUGAGAAUGAAUUAACAGACACACAAUAAAGUCAAUCUGCUUGGUAUAUCA